GCAUUUGCGUAUGAACAACGUGCCGGUAGCGUAAUUUGAGCGUAUUCAUACAAUUACUCCUUUUUUUCUGCAAUUUUCGACCAAGAUAUACCCACUGGUACAUUGUGAAUAUUCUUUGAAGAAAAAACAAUAUCUUAUAAAUUUUUUAUUCUUUCCUUUGGACUUUCUAACUGGUAAUAAUUGCUUGAAAAGAUAUUUAGCUUAAAACAUUUCUGCUGCAAUGAUCCUCGAGGCGGUUGAUAAACCCCUCGAAGGGAUUGUUCACGAGGAACGAGAUGUGACAGUUUAUUUUCAGCGUGGAGGGAGUGUUGGAAAAGGAACCUUAUAUAUAGCAGAAAAUGAGCUCACCUGGCAAACUGACGACAACAAGGGUUUUAGUUUACAAUGGCCUGAUGUCUCAUUACAUGCGAUUUUAACGGAGGUGACAGCAGAUUUCCCUCAUCAAUGCGUAAUGGUAGUCGCAACUGUUGAUCUUGACGAGAAAGAAGAGGCAGGAGAUGACAGCGCUUCUGAGAAGAGUGUCGAUGCAGAAGUGGUCACGACCUUUCAGCUCGUUCCCGAUUCAGUGCAAAAACUUGAGCCAAUAUAUAAAGCUAUGUGUGAGUGCGUAGCUCUACAUCCAUGCAGCGACGGAGAAGAAGACGAUGAGGAAGAUAAUGAAGGUAAUGAUAAUGAUGAAAAUUGGGAGGCUGAUCCUAAUGGAACUGCUGAUGAGACCGAGAAGGCGGAAACUAUGGAUGAUUUACCUACAGGAGAUUCGGGACCGAACGGUAGCGCAGAGCCGAUGGAACAAGGCCAAUUCGAUGACGCUGAAUAAUUGAGUGAUGAAUUUAUG